GCAGCAGUGUUGCCCCCUAGUGUAGAAAAAAAGCCGAAAAGAAGAAAAUUUUGUUGAUUUUGUUUUUGCGUUCAAUCUGUUUUUCGUCUGAAAGAAAAUUAUAGCAUUUUUGGAAGAAUUAUCUCCUGUUUUUGUAAUUUGAAUUUGUCAAUUGAUUGAAAAGAUGACUCCCUGGCUCGUUCCACUUGAAUCUAAUCCCGAGGUUCUCAAUAAGUACAUCUAUACUUUGGGAGUAUCCAAGAAAUGGAACAUCGUUGAUAUUUUUGGUCUGGAACCGGAGAUGCUGGAGUGGGUGGCUCAACCAGUUAAAGCUGUGAUUUUGCUGUUUCCCUGCUCAGAUGCCUAUGAAGCCCAUCGUGCCAAGGAGAAUGAGGAGCUUAAGGGAAAAGAGCAGACAUAUCCCACCGAUUUGUUCUACAUGCGUCAGACGAUCCCAAAUGCUUGUGGGACAAUUGCUCUUGUUCACAGCAUUGCCAAUAAUGCGGAUGUGGAAUUGGAUGAGGGAGGUACCCUGAGCAAGUAUCUCAAGCAGACACGUGAUAUGACUCCAGAGGAACGCGGAAAGAUCCUCGAGAGUAACGAAGAUUUUAUCGGGACACAUCAGGAAGUGGCUCAGGAGGGACAAACUGAGGCUCCUAAUCCAGAUGAAAAGAUCAUCCAUCACUUUGUGGCAUUUGUACACAAGGAUGGAGAGCUACUUGAAUUGGAUGGCCGCAAAGAGUUUCCAGUUAAGCAUGGACCAACUUCCCCGGAAACUUUCCUCCAAGAUGCUGCCAAGAUCUGCAAAGUAUUCAUGCAGCGUGAUCCGGAUGAAGUGCGCUUCAAUGUACUUGUUCUCAAUGCCACACAGGAUUAAUUCCACUGCUUUGCUGGGAAUUUACUGCUUUACCAUAAGUUCUUUAUGCGAUUUGAAGUGAAAAAUGAAAUAUCUCAUGAAAUGCAUUUCUAUGUGAAAUAUUGUCAAAAUAUUGCUGAAUUUGUCUUUGUCAAAUAUACCUAUAUUUGCUAUUCAUAUACAAUGAAAUAAAUAAUAUGAAGUCUA